GGGGGCUAAAGGGACCUGCGAACAAGCACAUACAUUUGUUACUGGUGUCUAACAUGUUGGCGUCUACUGGAAGGAGAGCGUUGAGAGCUUCGGUGGCGGCGGCGGCAAAGCCUAGGACAUGCCCCGCUCCUUGUGCCGCUGCUCCGCUGUCGAGCAUGAGCGACCCUAAGCCGCGGAAUUACGGCGAGGUCGCCACGACCGUCGAGAACCGAUCGUCCGCGAAAGACGCCCUCCAAAAGUCGUGCUACUUCAAGAUCGACUUCGGUAUCUCCGAGAACGCGACCGUAUACGAGGCGGUGCAGCGCUUCGCGGCUUACAACAUCGGGGCAUUGGCGGUGACCAACGACGACAAGAAGGUCAUCGGCAUCGUCUCCGAGCGCGACUACGUCUCGAAGGUCGCUCUUCUAGGGAAGGCGAGCAAGAGCACCCCGGUCAAGGAGAUCGCCACCAUGGGCGCUAAUCUGGUGGUUGCCUCAAAGAGCGACACCAUGCAGGACUGCAUGGCCAAGAUGGUGGCGAGGGAUAUCCGCCAUCUUCCCGUGGUGGACGAGGAGAAGGGACAGGUGGUGGGGAUGCUGAGCGUGAAGGACUUGCUGAAGGAGGUGACGAGGGAGAAGGAGGAGAUCCUCACCAAGGUCACGGACUUCAAACUCGGCCGCGGAGGCUUCUUCGAGCACACAUGAAGAGGAUGCACUAGCCAUGUCGAACCAAACGGCUGACGGAGGACAAGGUUGAUAUCAGAGCGCCUACCGCUUGUUGGGGGGCGCACCCGCGGGGGGGGAAGGUUCUAUGUUCUCGAGGGGUCCACGCCUUUCAGCCAGAACGUAUGAUAUCGAGGCGGGCAGGGGAGGACUGGAGCAACGGCACUUUUUUUUUUUCUGUGCCCCCCCUACGGGGUAAGGUUGGCUUCUUCUCGCGGCACCACGGCCAACUCAGUCAAUGGUGUCCCCAGCAUGUUGUUUUUCCAGCCCUCCGAUGACGCCAUGUACCACGCGAAGUGUUGCGCUUGGAACUCGUGGAGUCUUGCUGCCUUUGACUCUCGCACUCGCGCGAGUUUUAGGUACUGCUCUUUUUGGCCAGGUCUUGGGGGUAGGUGGUGUUUCCACCGUCGAUGUGAACGCCGUCAUAUUGAUUCACGGAGAAAGUUUCUGGUUCUUGCCCUCUUCGGGUGUCGAGGGCGAACAAAGCACGAUAUGGAUGCCAGGGAACUUUUGGCGGGGUGGGCGUUGGCGUGGCCGCGACGACUACAAGGCGCCCUUGGCAGAGGCAGAACAGCAACACACGGUUGGUUGCCGCCUGUUUGUGAUUGGCUGCGGGCCGAAGCUUUACCUGGUCUGUCGUCGUUCAUCUCAGUUUUCGCGGCACACCUUGAUGUGUUGCGUAUAAUGUCCCGUCAAUCAAACCGAUGAUUUCAUUGCCUUACCCCUGAUUUUGUGUUGCGCGUCUGCUCUGUACGAGCGCCUAAAGAUCGAAGUCCCUUGCGGUUCUUGGAUUGCCGCAUGUGAAACGUUUGGUUGGUUGGGAUGCCCACGGUCAAGCCAUCCAUGGCAAAUCUGGCGCAGCCAACGCAAGGAAGGAUGAUGACUAGCUUCUGAUUCAUCCUUGCGACACUUAGCCUGGGCCGGCGAAAACCCGGA